AUGUUCCGAAUUCGCGAAUCCGACAUUGAGAGUGCCAUUAGCAAUUCCCUGCUACAUGGCGAUAUGAACAGGGUGUUUGAUAUCUCGCAGAAGAGCAAAAAAAUCACGGGCUCAAUGGAUCCCGUGUUGCUGCAGCGCGAGAAGGACCGCAAUGUCAGAGCUCAGCUCAACUCUGCCAAUGGCGACGCCGUGGAAAUUCACGAUCAGUUCUAUCGGGAUCAUAAGCUCUUGCUGGUGCUGUUUCGUGUAAUGGCCGUGAUGCCAAUUGAGCGAUCUCAGCCGGGAAGGAUCACCUUCAGCUGGACUAGCUAUGCCACCAUUUAUGCCAUCUGCUUUUACAUUUUCACGACGGUUAUCGUGAUUAUCGUGGGUUACGAACGAGUGCAAAUUCUACAAACUACGCGAAAGUUCGACGACUACAUCUAUGCCAUCAUCUUCGUCAUCUUUCUCGUACCACACUUCUGGAUCCCUUUCGUGGGCUGGGGCGUGGCCAAGCAUGUGGCCAUCUACAAGUCCAUGUGGGGCACAUUCCAGCUGCGCUACUAUCGCGUCACAGGGGAGAAUCUGCAGUUCCCCCGCUUGAAAAUUCUCAUCCUGUUGAUAUCGAUUGGGUGUCUUCUGCUUGCGGUGGUUUUCCUUCUCGCCUUGAGCGCUCUCAUGGAUGGAUUUUUCCUCUGGCACACCUCGGCAUACUAUCACAUCGUCACCAUGAUCAACAUGAACUGUGCUCUUUGGUACAUCAACUCCAGAGCCAUCCGAGAAGCUUCCAGUAGCCUCUCGCGCUGCUUCAGUCGCGACAUUCGCAUCGAGUGCACAUCCACGCUGAUUUCAAGUUAUCGCUUUCUUUGGCUCAAUCUUAGCGAGUUGCUGCAGACUUUGGGGAAUGCCUAUGCCAGGACAUAUUCUACCUACUGCCUUUUCAUGUUUGUCAACAUCACCAUUGCAAUUUACGGAGCACUGUCCGAAAUCUUCGACCACGGAUUUAACUUCUCCUUCAAGGAGUUCGGUCUCAUCGUAGACUCCACUUAUUGCUCAGUGCUGCUCUUCAUCUUCGCCGAUAGCUCGCACAACGCCACCCUCCAAGUGGCUCAGGGUGUCCAGGAUACUCUGCUUGAGAUCAAUCUGCUCAACGUGGAUCAGCCCACGCAGAAAGAGAUCGACAUCUUCAUUCAGGCCAUCGAAAUGAAUCCCGCCGUCGUGAGUCUCAAAGGAUACGCCAAUGUUAAUCGCGAACUCUUGACUUCAUCAAUCACCACCAUUGCUAUAUACCUCGUUGUCCUGCUGCAGUUCAAGCUUUCCCUCAUCCAACAGCAGGCUUUCACUGCCGCGGCGGCUGCAAAGCUUGCUCAUGCUGGUCAUUGAACCAGGCCAUUAGCAGCACACGUGGUCAGAAACAGGAUAAUGCGCCCCCAACAAACAGUAUAAUUAUAUCUAAAUCGAUUUUGGGAGUAGAUUGAGGCAGAGACAUAAUUGAUAAGCAUUUCACGGUUGCAUGUAUUGAUAAAAAUUUCAAGGGAAACUCAAAUUUGCACCUUUAGCUUCUAAUUUGUAGUGCAACAACUGCUGCUUUCUCACGAAACUCAGUUAACAGUGAUAAUCACGUAUAAUCAGGGGGUUGCAGACUUUCCUGACUUCUUAUUUUAUCAGCACCCACACUCUUUUACU